AUGGUUCUAGAACUGGAGGGAAAUCGUCCAUUUGGAACAAAUUGCGCCAAAGCUGGAAGUUUGGCCAAAGGCGGCGAUAGGGCCAAGGGGUUUCUCUUGUCAACGAAGGCAGUGCUCGCGCAGAACAGCCCUCUAUCAGUUUCUGCUAUUGGUGGGUCCUUUCCAAUUUUGAAAAGAGCUACAAUUUCAUCCAUAUAUGUCAACGCAGAGGUAUCUGAAUUCACACAAUUCGAAAAGAUUGAGGUGCCUAAGGGUACUGAAAAAGCUGUGCCGACCAAGGCUCCCGUAUUGCCUCAAAUAUUCGUUAGCCUCCCCUCCAUGACUGCUUUAAAGAGGACUGUACGUCACACAUACCCCCAUUCAUUUAUGCUAUCGCGCUUCUUCACACAGGCAGCCUCUGCUAUGGACUCAGCCACCGUCAACAACGAGUCUCGUCUGAUGUGCGUCAACGCUCCCUCCCUCCCAACAUUUUCCUGCACCAACACUCCUCCCCAGCAAAUCUCGAGAACACUUCAAGCGCUUAUUCUGGUAAAGGCUGAAAACUCGGAAGCGAAGCUCGGAAAAAGCGAAAGCGAUCAGAAGCAGAUAGGCAAAUACAAAACCUGGACGGAGGGAUGUCUUGUAGGAUUUCAUUACGAUCUAGUAUGUUGA